UUCGAUCAGACACAACAAACAAACAACUUGUUGAAGAGAGAGAGAGAGAAAAAAAAGGCGCAUAGUAAUAAAUCAUAAUACCCGCAUUGGCAGUGCCACUCUCUCCCUCACUUCCACAUUCCCAUUUUCGCAUUCUCUCAUCCUCUCAUGUCUUAAACAUACGCUAAACCCUAGUCAAACAAACUCAUCUCAGUCUCUUCUCUAUACUUCAAUUCUCCCUCAUGUCUCCGCCGCAGCCCAGCCGCGUCGACCCCAAAAUCUGGCGGGCAUGUGCCGGCGCCGCCGUGCAAAUCCCCAAGCUCCAUUCUAGGGUUUACUACUUUCCCCAGGGUCACAUGGAGCAUGCCUCUCCCUCGCAUUACCUCAGCCCUCUCAUCCGCUCUCUCCCCUUCGUCCCCUGCCACGUGUCGUCCCUCGAUUUCCUCGCCGAUCCUUUCUCCGACGAGGUCUUCGCCAAGUUCCUCCUCACUCCCCUCUCACAAUCACAACAACAACCUUUCCAAAACGACAACAAGGAGGCUCGGAACGACGAUGACGAUGAGGACCGCGAGAACAACGGCGUCGUUUCGUUCGCGAAGAUCCUCACUCCCUCCGACGCCAACAACGGCGGCGGCUUCUCCGUGCCGCGCUUCUGCGCCGACUCGUGCUUCCCUCCGCUCGACUUCCGCGCCGAUCCGCCUGUCCAGCUCCUCUCCGUCGCCGACAUCCACGGCGUCGAGUGGCGCUUCCGCCACAUCUACCGCGGCACGCCGCGCCGCCACCUCUUCACCACCGGCUGGAGCAAGUUCGUCAACCACAAGAAGCUCGUCGCCGGCGACACCGUUGUUUUUGUCAAGGACUCCGACGGUAGCGUCUCUGUCGGAAUCCGUCGCGCAGCUCGGUUUGCCGCCGCGAUCGAGACUCCGCCGCCUGCGGAACGGGAGGGAUUUUCGCGGUCCACAACAGGGAGAGUGACCGCGGAGGCCGUGGCGGCCGCCGCGGAGUCCGCGGCGCGAAACGCACCGUUCGAGGUGGUGUAUUAUCCGAGGACCGGCUUUGCGGAUUUUGUGGUGAGUGCUGAGGUUGUGGAGGAAUCGAUGAAGUGCGCGUGGGUAGGUGGAAUGAGAGUGAAGAUUUCAAUGGAGACUGAGGAUUCUUCUAGAAUGACGUGGUAUCAAGGGACUGUGUCUUCUGCAUGUGCUUCUGAGAAUGGACCUUGGCGCAUGCUUCAGGUUAAUUGGGAUGAACCUGAAGUCUUGCAGAAUGCAAAGCAAGUCAGUCCUUGGCAGGUUGAACUUGUUUCCCCCCCAUUUGCACUUCAUACAGUAUUUUCCCCCAACAAAAGGCUUAGAGCUGACCAGGGUUCUGGGCUGUUAAGUAAUAGGGAGCAAGAUCCCUUCUUUCCUAUGCCAGGGUUCUCUAACUCGGCAAUGGGACACAUGACAGGGUUCCCUAACUCAACAGUGGGACAAAUGGAUAAACCAUUGUUGAGUUAUGAAAGUUUUCCUGCUGGCAUGCAGGGAGCCAGGCAUGAUCUAUAUUCUCCAUUGAGUUUUUCCAACUUUUUAAAUGAUAACUCUUAUCUGUAUAUGGGUAGUGGUUCAUUUGGGAACAAUCCAGUGCAAAGUUUGGGAACUGUGACAACAGAGCUAAACAUGAGCAGUUCUCAAUCGGAUGAUUUGUCACCACAUAGCCAGAGUAGUUUUCAUUCCUUUGGCACAGAGUUUACUGGGACUCGGAACUGUGACACCAAAGUUGGUCCGGGUUCAAUUCUGCUGUUUGGUAAGAUCAUACAGCCUGCUGAAAGUGAUUUGCAUGAUGCUGAUUGCAUGGAACGUGAUGGCAGCAGGGGCAGCAAUAAACUGAAGACAGUCGAGGCAUGUUAUUUCUCAAAGUAGUUAGGCCACAGAAUGCAGAUAAAUACUUGUACAGGGAAUUAAGGUUGGCAGGUAAACAAGAAGCUGUCUAGGGCAUUGCAGUGUUAAAGUAAUGUUUCCCGGUUAUCAUAUGUUGGUCUUACUACAAAGUUGAAUGAUGAAACUAACUUCAAGAUAUUUGAUCAGUUGUAUGAUAUGAAUAUCUGACAUAUUAUUGUGUAGAUUUUCGAAUACAUUCUUAAAAGGUAAUUGUACUUGCCUUUUAAAAAAAUGCGCAUGCUUGCACAGUUAACAACCUCCGUAUUCAUACAUCUCUAUUUGAUGAGGUAAUUGUAACCUGAAAAAAUGCUUGCAAGUUGCAAUACUCUAUGUCGUCGUGUCUAACAUGGUUGUUGCGUAGCAUAUCCUUCAUGAUA